UUCACAAGUGCCCGAAAUUACUUCGAGUUAGAACUGAAUGAAGCCAAACAGGCAGGAGACACGCAUAGAGAAGGCGUAGCAUAUAACGGCCUUGGCAUUGCGUAUAAAUCUCUGGGUGAUUAUAAAAAAGCUAUCGAAUUUCAUCAGCAGUCUCUUAGUAUCGCAAAAGAGGUAGGAGACAAAGGUUUAAAAUGUAAAGCAUAUACCAACCUUGGCAAUGUGUAUCGCCGUCUCGGUGAUUAUAAAAAGGCAGUCGAAUUUCAUCAGCAGUCUCUUAGUAUCACAAAAGAGAUUGGAAACAAAGGUUUUGAAGGUAAAGCAAAUACCAGCCUUGGCGUUGAGUAUCGCUGUCUCGGUGAUUAUAAAAAGGCAAUCGAAUUUCAUCAGCAGUCUCUUAGUAUCGCAAAAGAGAUUGGAAACAAAGGUUCAGAAGGUAAAGCAUAUACCAGCCUUGGCAAUGCGUAUCUCUGUCUCGGUGAUUGUAAAAAGGCAAUCGAAUUUCAUCAGCAGUCUCUUAGUAUCGCAAAAGAGAUUGGAAACAAACGUUCAGAAGGAGGAGCAUAUACCAACCUUGGCAUAUUACUCUCGUAAUAUUACUCUCUCGGCGAUUAUAAAAUAGCAAUCGAAUUUCAUCAGCAGUCUCUUAGUAUCGCAAAAGAGAUUGGAGACAAAGGUUUAGAACCAACGGUACACGGCAAUCUUGGUCGUAGUUUUGAAAAGUUUCAUGAUUUCCGUCAGGCUGAAGAGUGUUAUGAAUCCAGUAUAAAAGUGUUUGAGGAGAUGAGGUUGCUUCUUCAAGAGAAAGACGAAUGGAAAAUCAGCUUUCGGGAUCAAUUAAAAACGUACAGUUAUUUGUGGAUUAUUCAGUUACGACAAAGCAAGACCAAAGAGGCCCUUUUAACAGCUGAGCGAGGACGAGCGCAAGCUCUCGCUGAUCUCAUGGAAUCUCAGUAUGGCGUAAAAUCAACUCCAUCGGCAUCAAAAGAGCGGUUUGAAAGAAUAACUAACAUUUCAAGCCUUGUUUCAUCACCAACGACGUUUCUCGCGGAAGCAGAAGAAUCAGUGCACCUCUGGGUACUGUAUAAGGAACAAGAGUGGCAAUUUAAGCAAAAGAAAAUCAAUGAUACUUUGGAAUGUUUGACUAGCAAAGUGUACAAACAGAUUGUUCCUAAGCAGAUUGGUGUUCUUGAGCUUGCCAGAUGCGAAGAUCGCUUGCUGGAUUAUCCAGACGAUGAAACAGCAGAAGAUUUAUCCGAUAGGGGUGCAAACGACAAAGAGUUUACAUGGUCACAAGCUGGGGUUGAUGCUUUAAGAGAGUUGUAUGAUGUUGUGAUCGGUCCGAUUUCACACUUGAUAAAAGAUGAGGAACUUAUCAUUGUUCCUGAUGGUUCAUCAUUCUUGAUUCCUUAUGCUGCCCUUUUGGAUCAAAAUUCUAGGUAUUUGUCUGAAACGCUGAGAAUUCGAUUGGCUCCGUCACUAACAAGCUUGAGCCUGCUGUCAGAAUGUCCUGAGGGGCGCCAUUGUACAUCUGGUGCCCUACUAGUUGGUGACCCGUGGAUUGAGACUGUUCGCCUAAAAAGCGGGGAAAAACGAAAACCAAAAAGAUAUCCGCAGCUUCCUGGUGCUGAAACGGAGGUAAAAAUGAUUGGUGAGAUAUUAAACGUUGAGCCUCUCAUUGGAAAGAACGCUACAAAAGAACAAGUGCUAGGCAGGCUAAAAUCAGUUUCUUUAGUUCACAUUGCAGCUCAUGGUUCUGCAGAAAGGGGUGAAAUUCUGUUGUCACCUAAUCUUGGCAGCUCUGAACCUCCCGAAGAGAAAGACUUCCUCUUGACGAUGACAGAUGUGUUGAAUGCAAAACUGGACGCCAAGCUUGUUGUCUUAAGUUGCUGUCACAGUGGACGAGGAAAGAUCAAGGCUGAAGGCGUGGUUGGUAUUGCACGUGCCUUUUUAGGAGCUGGUGCGCGUUCUGUUAUCGCCUCAAUUUGGGCGGUUAACGACGAAGCUACUCUGGUGUUUAUGAGACACUUUUACGAACAUUUGGUCAAGGGGCAGAGUACAAGUAGGUCGCUUCACGAGGCCAUGAAAAUGAUGCGGGAGUCAGACGACUUCAAUGCCGUUAAGUACUGGGCACCAUUUAUGCUGAUUGGGGAUGACGUCACUUUAAAUUUUGACCAAUGA